CGCGGCCGCGGCGGCUGGUGUGGGGUUGAGUCAGUUGUGAGACCCGGAGCUGCGGACGGGCGGGCGGCCCAGCCAGCGGGCGACAGAGAGGCGGGCGUCGGGUUCGGGAGCCGAGCGGUGGCCCCGCGUCAAGUCGGGCCGAGCCGCGCCGCAGCCGCCGCCGCCGCCGCCCCCCGCCCGCAGCCAGCGACCCGCCGCGGGCGCGCCCCCGCUCUGCGCUGUCUCCGAUGGCGUCCGCCUCCGGGGCCAUGGCGAAGCACGAGCAGAUCCUGGUCCUCGACCCGCCCACAGACCUCAAAUUCAAAGGCCCCUUCACAGAUGUAGUCACUACAAAUCUUAAGUUGCGAAAUCCAUCGGAUAGAAAGGUGUGUUUCAAAGUGAAGACUACAGCACCUCGUCGGUACUGUGUGAGGCCCAACAGUGGAAUUAUUGACCCAGGGUUGACUGUGACUGUUUCAGUAAUGCUGCAGCCUUUUGACUAUGACCCCAAUGAGAAGAGUAAACACAAGUUUAUGGUACAGACCAUCUUUGCUCCACCAAACAUUUCAGAUAUGGAAGCCGUGUGGAAAGAGGCAAAACCCGAUGAAUUGAUGGAUUCUAAAUUGAGAUGUGUAUUUGAAAUGCCCAAUGAAAAUGAUAAAUUGAACGACAUGGAACCCAGCAAAGCCGUUCCCCUGAAUGCUGCGAAGCAGGACGGGCCCGUGCCAAAGCCACACAGUGUUUCCCUCAAUGAUACUGAGACGAAGAAGCUCAUGGAAGAGUGCAAGAGGCUCCAGGGAGAGAUGAUGAAGCUAUCGGAAGAAAACCGACACCUGAGAGAUGAAGGCUUAAGGCUCAGAAAGGUAGCACAUUCGGAUAAACCUGGAUCCACCUCAGCUGCAUCCUUCAGAGAUAAUGUCACCAGUCCUCUUCCUUCACUUCUUGUUGUAAUUGCAGCCAUUUUCAUUGGAUUCUUUCUAGGGAAAUUCAUCUUGUAGAGUGAAGCAUGCAGAGUGCUAUUUCUUUUUUUUUCUCUUGACCAGAAAAAGAUUUGUUUACCUACCAUCUCACUGGUAGUGUGGCCCACGGUGACCAUUCUUUGUGUGUACAGCGUCAUAUAGGCCUCGCCUGUAACAGUCUCACGGUUAGAAACACAGUAAGAGCAGAGUGUUGGGCUCCCGGACGGCGUGAAGGUCACCAGACCAUCCCUAGCAGGUGUCAUUGCACAUUCAGUCCUUUAUGAAAUUCAUAAAUAAAGAAUUGUUCUUUCUUUGUGGUUUUAAUAAGAGUUCAAGAAUUGUUCAGAGUCUUGUAAAUGUUAUUUUAAUAAUCCCUUUAAAUUUUAUCUGUUGCUGUUACCUCUUGAAAUAUGAUUUAUUUAGAUUGCUAAUCCCACUCAUUCAGGAAAUGCCAAGAGGUAUUCUGUGGGGAAAUGGUGCCUCUUACAGUGUAAAUUUUCUCCUUUACCUUUGCUAAUAUCAUGGCAGAAUUUUUCUUAUCCCUUGUGAGGCAGUUGUUGACUGAGUUUUUCAUCCUUCCAACCCUGUCCCAUGGUAUUUAACACAAAAAUAAUAAAACUGUUAACAGAU